UAAUUAAUAAAAUAAUAUUUUCAAAUGAGACUUAAUGCAGUUAUACAAGAGACAGAGGAAGCUCAUGGGGUUCAAAAUAUCCUGAAACGUUUAUUAGCUCUUAAUAAGUCUGCAAUGAUGAAGCUUAAAUACCAAAAAUACAGAAGUUGAUUAGAGAUAUUAGAAGAGGCUAAGGGUGUAGUUGUUACACUUGCGAGGAAUAAAACUAUCUCUAAGACUAAGAAAUUUUGAUCUGUGGCUUCUAUUACAUAUAAUAACCUUGGGUGAUAUUAUCAGAAGAAGAAUCAGAAUACCCAAUCUAUCAGGUUUUACCAGAAGUCCUUGGGCUAUAGCAAACAUAUCGAAGGAGACGAGAUAAAUCUGUCGAGUACUUAUCUUAAUAUUUGUUCGUUAUUUUCCCAAAUGGGUGACCAUGAAGAGGCUUAUAAGCACGGAAGAGUUUCUCUACGUCUUCUUCCUAUAGCAUAUCGAAAAUGUAAGGAGCAGAUGGAAGAUAAGCAAAGGGAACCAGAAGAGAGGUACAAAGAUCCUGCAUUUGAUAACUUGCUCAUGACUAUGGUUAUCGCAUACUACAAUGUAGCCACUGAAUGUGAAUUCUUAGGUAAUUACCAAGAAGCUCUUAAACACUUCAUCAGAGGCUACGAAUGGGGUAGCAAAAGUUUUGGUAAAGAUGAUGAAUUGGUUCGGAAAAUUAAGAAAUGUAUAUUUCAAAUAAAGAAAAGAAUUUACAAACCAAAUGAGCAAUGUCAGCCGUCCUCUGCAAGUACGAAGUUUACGCUGAAAAGUAAACCAUCCAUUGGUCAAAUCUUGAGGAGCAAUAUGAAGAAAUCGAAAGUUUUGAAGAAGCUAAAGCCAAGAGCUUUUUCAGAGAAGAAAAAUGAAGAAAAUAGCUUGAAAAGGAACCAGCCUGGAAAUGAAGUGUUGAGCAUGUAUAAUUCCUCUGAAAUUACAGAUGGCUUUACUGCUAAUAGUGCAAAGAACUCUUCGAUCUCUCAAAAGCUACGCUACUCUCAAAUCUACCAGAGGAAUCACGAGAACAACGAAAACGAAAUGUAUUCUCCUGAUGGAAGGAAGAGUUCUAAAUCCAGAAUAAGCAGGAAAUAAUUUAACCAAAAAUACAAAUCCCUUUCGGCCUCUUGGCCAAAUAGAGGUUUCUUCUUUUGGUGGUGAGGCACAAGAUAAAACUAGAAAUAAUAGCAGACACAACCAGGAUGAAUCAUACCUUCCAGCAGUACCUAUCCUAUCAAUGUACGACUCUAAAAUCUUAAGCACGAGUAUGAAAAUGGAGACAAAAUAAGGGAGAAAUUCAGCAAAAAUCUCCUGAUAAUCUUAGAAAAAGUAUGAAACACAGAUUAUUUUCACCAAAACUAAAAUAAGAGGUCUCCAAAUCAAAAGAUUAAACCUUUCAAAAAGAGGUCAAAGAGAUAUGCUCCUAUUCGCCCCAAUAUUGAAGUAUUUGUACAAGCUCGUGGUGCCAACAAGAGUUUGGAAAGUAUUCAUGAAGAAAGCAAACAUGAUUCUGUGGUCGCUCUUUCAUCAACUCAGGAGAAAUACUUCAAGACUAGACAGAGAUAUAAGAGUAAAGUCACAAUGAAAAGAAGAAAUAAAGCUCAGAGCAAAUCUUCCUUCUUUGAUUAUAACCUCAGCAAAGAUAUGAACCUUACUCAGGAAGGAAUGAGGAGAAGAAAUCGUUGAAAUGAGAUUGAAGGCAUUAAAUCCAGGGUAAAUAAUAUAUCAAAGUGCAAACGAUCUCCUACAAGUAAGGAAAUCCAAGACUUUGAAUUAUAUUCUUGAGGCGUAAAUACAACUGAUCUAAGAAAUCAAGGAAAAGAUAAGAUAGGGUCAUCACUAGAUUCCAUUGACCUGGUCCAGCCAACCAUUUCGUUGCCUUCUCAUGUAAGAGUGAGACAAGUCGGUGCUAAAAUUGAGAAGAAUUUUCAAUAAGAAAUAUUGAAUAA